UCUCCCUAGGCAGCGCGGCGAAUAGCCUGGUGGAUGUGUUCAACAGGAUCGUGGAGAAACGACGCUGCCAGCUGAAUUAUGUCAUCCCGAUCAGCGACAAUGGGGGGAGUUCGUCCGAGCUGAUCAGGUUCGUCGGCGGGCCGAGUGUGGGUGAUAUCCGGAGUACGUCUACUUGGCUGAUGGAGAGGGCGGCCUGGUGUGUGGACAACUGAGUGUCUGUGACUCGAAGACUAACCCCUGUCUCGGAUGCAGGCCGUCUGGUCCGGCUCAUCCCCAACCAUGAGGGCGACAGGGAGAUGUCGGCGCUCAAGCUGCUGUUUGAGCACCGGCUGGACUCGGACCCCAUCAAGGCACGGGCAGAAUGGCUCGACAUUGUCGAGUCGCGGUCUCUGCUCUGGGGCUUCAUCUCCAGUCCCAAGAGGGAGCUCAUCCGCUCCGUUCUGAACACACUGAAUUUGGAGAUCGUCAAACGGGCCAGGCCCCCCAACGUCUUCAACUUUGCCAGGGCGAGCGUGGGCAACAUGUUCCUCGCGGGUGCGCGCAUCUUCUCGGGCUCGUUCGAAUCCGCAAUCUACCUCCUCUCCAUGAUUUGCUCCAUCCCGCCCUCCAUCUCCGUCCUCCCCGCCAUUAACUCCAACUUCACGCACCACAUCUCCGCCGGCCUUCGAGACGGCACCGUCAUCGCAGGCCAGGUGGCCAUCAGCCACCCGUCGGCGCCGACGGCCCUGCCGGACGACCCAGAGGUCGCGCCGGCGCUCACGGAGGCGGACCACGACCGCAUCGAGGACGCCAACCUGCCGGGGUCGCUGCCGGCGCUGCGGCGGCCCAACAUCGCCUUCAGCAAGGACGACGAGGAGGACCUGCCGGCGCGGAUCGAGCGGCUGUGGUACAUCAACCCGUACGGGCACGAGAUCGCGCCCACGGCGAACCCGCACGUGGUCGACGCGCUCGCGGCGUCCGCCGCCGUCGUCUACAGCGUCGGCAGCCUGUACACGAGCAUCGUGCCGAGCCUGGUGCUGCGCCGCGUCGGCCAGGCCAUCGGCGAGGGCGCCGCGGCCGGGCGCAUCCGCCACCGCGUGCUGAUCCUCAACUCGAGCAUCGACCGGGAGACGGGGCCGCGGACGGACCCCAUGACGGCGCGGGACUUCGUCGCGGCCAUCGCGCGGGCGUGCGUGGAGAGCACCGCGCCCGCGGAGGUGGGCAGGGACGAGGUGCUGAGGAGGUACGUGAGCCAUUUGCUCUACGUGGACGCGGAGGGUGGGCCGGCGGUGGAUGUGCCGGAGCUGGAGAGGUUAGGGAUCAAGUGCGUCAAGGUUGCCGCCAAGAGACCGGGUGGCGGCGAUAAGGGACCGGUGAGAUACGACGAGGCGGCGCUGGGUGAGGUUCUGGAGGCCAUCCUGGAUUCUUGAGUGAGGGUGAGGCCGUGUGUGACCGAGAUGAGAUGCUAUGGUAGAGAGUGGCGUCCGGAAAGAAGGGGUUCCCGUGUUAUUAGGUCUUUGU